AUGGCAUCAAAUUCAAAACCAAACCCGUGGGUCAUCAUCGUCGGCGCAGGACCAUCAGGACUACUCCUUGGACUGUUGCUGGCAAAGCGAGGCAUUCCAGUCCAAAUCCUCGACUCCGGCAACAAACUGGACGAACAGCCCCGGGCGACUCAUUAUGGACCGCCCGCCAUGUAUGAGCUGCGCAGGGCAGGAGUGACAGAUGAUCUACGCGCCGCUGGGUUUCUGCCUAAUGGAGUAGCUUGGAGAAAGUUGGACGGAACAUUCAUCGCCGGCGUCGACGCCACCGUCAAUGCCGACGACCCUGACCGGAUGGUCUGCUUGCCGCUCAACAAACUCGGCAGAAUCCUAUAUGAUCAUCUCAGCAGGUACCCUUCAGCGACCGUAUCGUGGGGUCACAAGGUCGUUUCAAUCGGCCAGGACGCCGAGAAAGCAUGGGUCAAUGUCGAAACGCCAGAAGGGGAUAAGACCCUAGAGGCCUCGUACAUUGUGGGAUGUGACGGUGCAAACAGCCAGAUCCGGAGGUCUCUGUUCGGCGACAAGGAGUUUCCAGGAAAGACGUGGGAUGAACAGAUUGUUGCUACGAAUACAUACUACGACUUCUCAAGGUUCGGCUGGCACGACUCAAACUUCAUCAUCCACCCUGAGCACUGGUACAUGGCGGCCAAGAUCGGCAAGGACGGACUCUAUCGCAUCACAUAUGGUGAACUGCCCGGCUUGACGCACGAGCAACUGCGGGAACGGCAACCGUGGAAAUUCGAGGCCAUGCUGCCCGGCCAUCCGAAACCCGAUGAAUACCGCAUCGUCAACUUCAGCCCCUAUCGCAUCCAUCAGCGUCUUGCUCCGAGUAUGCGUGUAGGGCGGUUUUGCUUGGCUGCCGAUGCAGCCCACUUAUGCAAUCCCUUCGGAGGCAUGGGACUGACAGGCGGGAUCGUCGACAUUGGAGGACUAUAUGACUGUCUGGCGGGAAUCUACGAGGGCCUGGCGGACGAUUCCAUACUCGACAAGUACUCGGAGAUCCGAAUGCAGAAAUACAACGACAUCAUCAACCCGAUUUCCAGCGACAAUAUCGUCCGCUUGUUCGGCCAGGAUCCGGACAAGGCGUUGGAGAACGACGAGUUUCUCAAAAUGUGCAAACGUGCAGAGACAGAUGUCGAGUUUGCCCGCCAGAUGCAGAACGGCGUCAAUGUGCUCAAGCACGAUUUCACCCAGUAUUAUAACAAGGCACCCGCGCCGGCACCGACCCCGGAUAAGAUUCAAGCAGGGAAUGAUGGUGUCUCUCAGUACCAUGCCCCAGCUCAGCCUCCCGUCCAAGCUGCAGCCGUAGGUGUGACGGAUUGA